AUUCACUGUUAAGUGAGCAUCCUGAGACUGGUGGCACCUUUCAUUGGAACAGGCUCUAGGACCUUUACCUCCCUCGGGGCCCUGGGCAUCAUGUCUUGCUCUAUGAAGCCUGAAUACUUACGGAGUCUGAUCCUUCUGCAGUGGCCCUUGAGCUACCUUGCCAUCUUUUGGAUUGUGCAGCCAUUGUUCAUCGGCCUAUUGUUCACACCCUUGUGGCCGCUACCAACACUUUACUUUGUCUGGUUAUUUCUGGACUGGAAGACUCCAAAUCAAGGUGGCAGGCGUUCAUCCUGGGUAAGGAACUGGAAUAUCUGGACCCACAUCAGGGACUAUUUCCCCAUUACAAUCCUGAAGACCAAGGACCUGUCACCUUCACAGAACUACAUCAUGGGGGUCCACCCCCAUGGUCUCCUGACCUUCGGUGCCUUCUGCAACUUCUGCACUGAGGCCACAGACUUCUCGAAGACCUUCCCAGGCAUCACUCCCCACUUGGCCACACUGUCCUGGUUCUUCAAGAUCCCCCUUAUUAGAGACUACAUCAUGGCCAAAGGAGUGUGUUCUGUGAGCCAGGCAUCUAUCGACUACCUGCUGAGCCAUGGCACUGGAAACCUUGUGGGAAUUGUUGUGGGAGGAGUGGGAGAGGCCCUACAGAGUGUGCCUAACACCACCACCCUCAUCCUCAAGAAGCGCAAAGGGUUUGUGCGUACAGCCCUCCGACAUGGGGCUCAUCUGGUCCCUACCUUCACGUUUGGAGAAACGGAGGUAUAUGACCAGGUACUGUUCCAUAAGGAUAGCCGGAUGUUCAAGUUCCAAAGCAUCUUUCGCCGGAUCUUUGGUUUCUAUUGUUGUGUUUUCUAUGGACAAGGCUUCCAUCAAGACCGCAAGGGACUCCUACCAUACCACAGACCCAUUGUCACUGUAGUUGGGGAACCUCUGCCACUGCCCCAGGUUAAAAACCCAAGCCAAGAGAUAGUGGACAAAUACCAUACACUCUACAUGGAUGCCCUGUACAAGUUGUUUGAGAAGCACAAGGUCCAGUAUGGCUGCUCCGACACUCAGAAGCUGAUGUUCUUAUGAUCAAAGCGACUGUGUGCCAUCUUUGAAGAGGAAACUGAGUUGCAUAGAACCAGAAUCCUGGGAAAGGGGGAAAGGAAGGAAGGUGAAGGAGGCUAUGUGUGCAGCCGGGGAGGGGACAUUAAGAGCUCCUUCUUCCUUCUUGACCAUAAUGCUGCCCCUUCCUGCACCCCCACAGGAGUUGUCCCUGAGGAGCUCCACCCAGACAUUCUUCAGAGGGGAUAUCCUGAGGCCCCUCUUGUCCCACACACUUUCUGAACCUGAAAGUUUUAAAUUCAAUCCAGUUUUUAAAAAUUUUAAUAAAAGAUUAAA